GGAGUGAACUUUGUUCCAGUAGCGAACGGAGCGGACUCUGUCAGGCACACUUCUUCAGGAAACACGGACAUGGACUGACGUCUGACAGGUCUGCACUGCAGUUGAGUUGCAGUUUUGCACUCACACACAGACACAAAUACGCACGCACAUACUACAUACAGUACACAGAGACAGGUAGAAAUGGAGGACUUCUGGGCCUUCUCCCUCUGGGCUGUGAGGAUCUGGUUGUACCUGGUCAUCAGUCUCAUCAUGAUCCCGGCCAUGUUUGGCUUCUCCCUGGGCAUCUCUGAGACCUACAUGACCAUCCUGGUCAAGACACUGGAGUGGGCCACUCUGAAGAUACAAAGAGCGAAGACAGAAGAACGGACACUGAACAUGUCUGCUUCAAACAGCCUCAUUCUCAGGGAAAACGGUUCCAUGGAGAAAGAGUUGGAGGAACUCAGACGCAGUCGCCCCAAGUCGUCAGUAGGCGGCGAUUUUACAUUUAGUGACUGUUUCUAUUUUACCCGAAGAGGGAUUGAAAGCAUCGUUGAGGAUGAGGUCACCCAGCGGUUCACGUCUGAGGAGCUGGUGUCCUGGAACUUGCUGACGCGAACAAACAAUCACUUUCAGUACAUCAGCCUGAAGUUGACACUGGUUUACUGCCUCGGCAUCUUCAUCAGAUACUGCAUUCUCACCCCUCUCAGGUUAACUCUGGCCUGUAUUGGCUUGAGCUGGUUAGUUAUUGGAACAACAGCAGUUGGAUUCCUCCCCCACUCAAGUGCUAAGUCUUGGCUGAGUGAAUGGGUUCAUGUCAUUUGCUACAGAAUCUGUGCUCGAGGACUUUCAGCCACCAUCCACUAUCACAACAGGGAAAACAUACCCAAAAAGGGAGGAAUCUGUGUGGCUAAUCACACGUCUCCCAUUGACAUCGUGAUUCUCUGCAACGACGCCUGUUAUGCAAUGGUGGGUCAGGUCCACGGAGGCUUGAUGGGACUGCUGCAGAGAGCCAUGGUCAGGUCCUGUCCUCAUGUCUGGUUUGAGAGAGCAGAGAUGAAAGAUCGCCACCUAGUGACCAAAAGGUUGAAGGAUCAUGUGAAUGACAAGACAAAGCUUCCCAUAUUAAUAUUUCCAGAGGGGACAUGUGUCAACAACACGUCUGUCAUGAUGUUCAAAAAGGGGAGUUUUGAAAUUGGUGCGACAAUAUAUCCAGUAGCCAUCAAGUACGAUCCAAAGUUUGGAGAUGCUUUCUGGAACAGUUCCAAGUACAGCAUGGUCAGUUACCUGCUGCGGAUGAUGACCAGCUGGGCCCUGGUCUGUAAUGUCUGGUAUCUACCAGCCAUGCAUCAGCAGGAAGGAGAAGACGCUGUUCAAUUUGCCAACAGAGUCAAGUCGGCCAUCGCUCACCAGGGAGGACUAGUGGAUCUACAGUGGGAUGGAGGCCUGAAGAGGGCCAAAGUGAAGGAGACGUUUAAGGAACAGCAGCAAAAGAAAUACAGCAGCAUGGUAGUUGGAGACGACAGUAACAGUGACUGAAGACCCUCCUCCACCGCCAUCAGCCCAGACAAACCUCAGCCCUCUCUGGACACAGGACGGAGCACAGCACUGUCCAGUAAACCCAGUGUACAAUAUGAAAACCUUGGUUCAGAUAGAUGUACAGAAAGGUUUAAUCUUAACCUAUAAGGGCAUUGUUGUAUUUUACUAAGGAUUUAGGUGUGUUUAACCACAAAGAAGAAAAAAGCCUGUGAUCGCAGACACGACACUGGAGACAUGACCAUUUUAAUGUUCAAAGUUGGAUAAUUUAUGCAGCUAUUUUUUAUAAUAAUAUUUUAAAUUGGAAUAUAACACACGGUGCAAACAUCACAUAUUACACAAAAUGUUUUAAAUACAUUUUUUUAAUCAUACUAUGUGACACUAAAAUGUUAAACACUGGUUUACACUUACUUUGAAUGCAAACAAAUGUACAGAUGUAUUUGUAGUUUCGUGUGGAUGCAGACAGAUGGGUAAUUUAUUCAGGUGAUGAUAACGUCUGCACUGGUUUUUGUGCAAAGGGACUGUGACACUCAAAGGUAUUUAGGGCAUUGAUCACUUGGUUAAGACUUAAGGUUUACUUUGUGGACUGUACCAUAAUUGUGAUGCACUGAUUUUGAUUGACAAUAAAAGAAAAAGCUGGAUUUUAUCCUAACAUAGCAUAGCAUUCUUUCUCCUGUCAGCACCAUCCUUUCAACUCAUUCAGUUGUUAUUGUUAUUGUAUUGCAGCUAUAAACUUCACACAUGUUGAA